AUGGAUACAAUGUCUUUCUUAUUGGGCACACUGCUUCUCUUAUUGAGCUUCAACAGUGCAGAAAGCCGUGUUCAAGCUGUACUUGACAAGAAUAUUACUCGUUCAGCUUGGCAACUUCCAAUAACCACCGAGGAUCACGAUAAAGUUUUGACAUGUGAUCAAAUCCAUGCAUUUUUAUCAAUAUUUUCACCUAAUGAAUUUUCUUCUCUUCAAUCAUUAACAUUAUCUGAAAUUGAAAAACAAAAUAUUGAAAAAUUGAAAAUAAUAUUACCAUUAACUUCCUUUCAUAUGAUUUGUGAUAAGUUUCAAGAUAAUGAAAUAUUCGAUGUUCUUUCAAUGUUCAAUCUCCGAACAUUAUCAAUAUCAUCAUUACAUUCUAUUGAGAAACGCAUUAACGAUACUUCAAAUAUUACAGAUCUAACAAUUCACGAUUGUUCUUUAGAACAUUUGUUAUAUCAGGGUGUGGAUGUGGGAUGUGGAAGAGAUGAAGAUUGA